ACGGGGACCAGAGAUUUUGUGUGUGUGUGUGUAGGACACGAGCUGGAUUAUGCUUUUACCUGGACUGUAAGAUAAAGCGGAGUUUCAGAUGACAUGGCACACCCCAAAUCAACAUAGACUGUGGAAACUGCACACUGGACUUCAAACACCUUGGGUUCUGUGCCUCUCCACUCUUCUUCCAGACUCUAGGACCUUGAUUUCCAAUGAAAUGCAAAAUUUACUUUCAUCUGAAAAGAGGACUUUGGAUCACUGUGCAACAGUCCAGUUCUUUCUCUCUUUAGCCCAGAUACAUUUUGACAACAAUCCUGGCUAAAACAGACAGGUGAACAUGACAAUUGCUGUGAUCUCAACAAUCCCAACACACAUAAAGGGAAAUUGGGAAGCUGUCACAGAGAGCUGUGAGACCGUGGUGGUAGGAUACGCCACCCAAGAGCCAAAUCAGCAAUAAGUCAGUGUCUACCUCAUCAUCCAAAGAGCAGAAGGGAAGGAGAUCAUCUGCAAAAAUGCACAUAAACACAUGGACUCCACCUGUCAAACAGAACAAUCUGGCUAGUCCACCUCAGACUCUCUCUAAUAUGCAGUUUGACCCAGCAUCGCAGAUGGGAUAUUAUGGUCUACAGCAAAAAAGCUUUGAUCAACAAUCUGUCAGUUUAAGCAAUCCCCAGGCUUUCUCCCAGACUAUAUCUAGUUCAGCAAAUUUGCAGUCGAACCAGGCUCCCCAGAUGUGGAGCAGUGGAUACAAGAGUCAUUUGCCUUCCGUAUCUCCAGCUUUUGGCAGACACUAUCCACCAAAUAUUGUACCAUAUGCAUCUUUGCAAGUUGGACCCCUUACUGCAAACCUCGAUUAUGAUCCACAAGCCUUAAAUACGACUAUUCAGAGGAAUUAUAAGGAGCUGGACUCCAUGCAAAAUGUCAGUUUUACUGCUCCUCAGUUCUCAGUUAUGCCUGUUCCUAGUAAUUCAAGUGGUGUAUUUGAAAAUAGUUAUGGUAUGUAUGAUUCAGUUUCACCUUGGCAACACCCUUUAAAUAGACAACACCAUACUACCCACCAAACUGCAGGCGAAUCACAGCAGGCAGCUUUAACUGCUCGGAAUAGUCAUGCAGCACCGAAAAUUAACAUGAAUCAAGAACAAAUGAGUGUAGUAGGACAACAUAAUGAGACACCCAGGUCUGUUGUACACUUUCCUGAUGCAUCUCAUGUACCAGUAGGUUCAAAGUUUAGAAUUUACAGCAGUCAUAUGAGUCAGAGCCACGUUCAAAAUACAUUACACCAACCUUCGCCAUGGACAACAUAUAAAGAUAGAUCAAAGCAUAGUUCAAGCCAAACUCCACCCCUGCCAUAUAGCUCCAGGUUGAAGUCCGCCAUUCAAAACCAAUCUAACCAAAGACGGGACCAAGCUUUGCCUAACUUAACUCAAGACAAAAUUCAGUCCCAGACCACACCUUUUUCUGGCUAUCACAGCAAGACAAACUUUGAAACAUUUUCUGCUAUUCAGAAAAAUAUACAGCCACAAGACCUACAAUCAAACAACACAAUGAGUGGGCUGACUAAGAACUCCCAGGAAAUAACCUCUUUUAGCACUUCCAACAGUCAAACAUCAUCUCCCACUUCAGGUUCAAGAUCUAUGAAAUACUCUCUAUUAAGUCUGUUACUACAAAAGGACAACAACCAGUUAAGUGGUCUGACUUCCCCCAGUAACAGUUUGGGGUCCCAAUUUGCUAAGAGAAAAAGGAGAUACCAGCAAUCUACACAUGACAAUACAACUGGUUGCAUUACCACUGGAGAAAACUACACUCAAGGCAGCACAAAGCAAGGCAGGAAGUACAAGGAACCUGCCAAAGAAACAAGUGUUUCAAUGGGGAAUGAAACUGGAACUGGUCGUCAUCUGGUCAAAACACAAACGUCAAGUCAGGAUGAGAUGACUAAUUGGAAAAAGACAAACGAAGAGGUCCAGUCCUGCAUAAACCCAGUUGAUUCCCUAAAGCUGGAAAUAUCACAGCUCAGAAGGAUUCAACAAAUCAGUGAGGCAAAAGCUGUAGUUCCACCCAUUUCUAAGCAGGCUUCCAGUCAUGGAUACCAAAAUGAUGUUACCACAAGUACUCAUGACAGCCUCCACUUGAAAACUGAUACUAUCAAGAAUCCUUUUGAGGAGCAUGAGAACAUGGAGGAGACAUAUGUACUAAAUAGAACUUUUAAGCUCAUUGAGGAUCUGCCCUAUGUACCUUCAUCAAGUUCUUUACCACGACUGGGAUUUGACACCUCAGUUAACAUCUCUGAAAGGCCUGUGUCUGAAAACAAACCAACAUCCAUCUUUCAAAGUGGUGAUAUUUCUCAGUGUAAAAAUGGCACUGUAUCUACAACCCAAAUCUCUCACAAACAUCAAGAUGCCAUCCAUGUUGUUGGCUUGACGUCAAAAAGUUCAGUGAAACAAAAUGAUGAUUUGUUUGAUUUGUCCACAGUUCCUGUUGUUGAUUAUACUUUGAAGGACCUGAAAGAUUUAGUGAGCUCUUUAGAGGUCAAACCAGCAGAGAGAGAAAAUCUGAUGAUAAAAGAUGUUGUGAAGUGCAUUAUAGAGCUGUAUUAUGAUGGGAACAAGCAAAACUUCAUCAAUUUAGUAUCGUUAAAGGAGCUUUUCAAAAUUUUAUCAUCUGAAUUGUGUGUAAAAGAAAUGCAUGCUCUUGUUCUUCAGUACCUGCUACCUAAACACUUAAAAAUGUUUGAAAAUUGUUUCCAAAUCCUGAUAAAUGAAACCACCAUACCAUCUGAGGACUUUAGGUCCUCCUGGUUGAAUGUGGAUGGACAACCAGCCGAUGUGGAAAAAGUUCUCGCAGAGCCCUUUUCAGACUAUAAUCUCACAUGGUGCAAAAAGGAUUCACAGUCAGUAUCUGAAAGUGUUGUGAGUGGUGUAGACAGUCUUUCCCAGAUUGGUACACAUAAUGCUGAAAAUCUGGAUGUGAAUGCUCGUAAAAACAUACCUAAGACCACAGUAGGUUAUAUUCCUGAAGGUAUCUGUCACUCAGAUCCUGAACAUUCUACAGCGAUAUUUGCAACAACUGACUGCACAACAGACACAGGGAUCCUGGAGAAAGGUUGUGAAAGUAAACCCCCCAGUGAACUCUCUAGGAUACAAACAGAAUCAAAGAAGCAAUGCAAUCAGCAACUACAUGAUGAAGUAGAUAUGGUAAAAGAGAACAAGCGAGCAUUCACUGAGCCAUCACUUACAUGCAGUUCUGAUAAAUAUGUACCAAAUAAUAGUGAUGUAUUUGAGAAGACAGAUUCUUCUGACAAUGAAGAUUCCACCAGUGACUUUCCUAACAUUAUACUUCUCUCAUCUGAGGAAACUAGAAAACUCUUCAGUGAGUGUUCUGAAUGUGACCAGAAGAGAGAGCCUCAUCGGAUAUGUCAAGAGAAAAGGAAGGAUUUGGUCACACUUUCUGUCAAAAAUAAAUCAGACUCAGUCAAAGUGAAGCCACUUGAUGACUUCAAAUUUACUUGCCCUCAUGUGACUGGCUUAGCCUGUGUCAGUGACUUCUUCUGCCCCAUUUGCUGGAAUGAGACCCCAUUACUUGAUAUUGAUCAAGAUGAGACUCUGCUCACCCCGAUGGAGGUGGAACAUAAUAUAGACUACCAGAGACGAAGUUGUAGUCCACAGUCUGGAAAACCAGUCAAAUACCCAAGUGCGCCGAUAUGUCUAGAGAGUAGCAGCAUAAUCAAUUCCAUCAUAUCCACCUCAAAAUCUGAUGGAUGUGAUGUGACGAGAGAUCCUAAACUUGGCGAUUGGACACAAAGCUCAAGUCCAUUACCUGCUCGAGAACUACACCAUGGAAUAGCAGGCACCAAGAACAGCAGUAUGACUAAGCCAGUUGCAGAGGAUCGCCAAAAAAUUACAUCUUCAGCAAAUACAGACCUGACAAAGGAAGAUGCAUACUCUCCAUCAGGGGCCAAAAUUUUACCAGGAAUGGUUUCUUUAUCAAGGAAUUUGAAUUGUAAACAUGUAAAAUCUCCCAAGACUAAUGUAGUUCCUGAUGCAGAUGACAUCCUAUUCAGAACACCAAAGGUCAGUGGGACACCUAAAUGCAAGAAUGCAGUACCCCAUAAACAAAAGGAAGCAAUCAUCAAGGAAAUAGGACAUGAUGGACAAAGCAAAGAAGCAAAGACAUUUAAAUUUGAAUUGUAUGGGUCCAAAAGUAGUGACUCAAGCUGCCACAAUCAAGAAAAGUCACCCUCAACUCCUGUUUACCUCACAGUUUCUUCUAGUCCAAAUACUGAAAAGAGUUACACAGAUGAGCCAUCAGCUAGGCAAAAGGUCUACAGGCAGUGGAGUACCACAUUCAUACAUCCACAAAAGAGUUCAUCUCCAUAUAAGACAAGCCAAAAGCACAUGGAGGAUCAACUAAAGUCGAAACUAGAAACACUGAAAAUCGCUCUGGAAGACAGAAUCAUGGCUCUUUCACAGAUGCAAUCAACUAAGUGAGCCUAAAGCACAAAAAAGACUGAAGAAGAUGAGAACAAUGAUGGCGCACAAGAGAGCAAAAUGUUGAAGCACACCACUGCUGAUGAUAAUCGGGGUGGAUGAAUAAACUGAGUGGAAUCACUGGACCUGAUUUAUGAAUUUUUUAGUAAAGUGUGUAAAUGUUUGUGUAAUUAAACCAAACUAAAAAUUUCCACUGGAUUUUCCAGCAUUUCAGAAACACUGUUUUUUUUUUUCUUUGCACAUGUACAUGUUGAUAAAUGCCAACUGCCUAGAAAUUAUUGGAAAUUAUUUUGACUUACUACUUUCCCAAAAAUUUUUUCACAAUGUAUAAUAUUCAUAAUAAAAAGGGAGUGCUUAACCGUCUGUCAGCUGAGGCAAUUGUUUAUGGUUUAUGGUUCUGCACAGACAGGCCAACUCAUCCUCUGUUUAUACACCGCCAUUCCUUUUGCCAUAAAUGAAUGAUUUGUUUAAUUUGUCUUAAUUUAUUAGUUUGUG